AAGGCCAACGACAAGAAGAAGUACAGGGGACCCUCGACUUCGUAUGGUACACACGCGGGACCUAUGGACAUUGGUACGGUUAGCACCAGACGUCCCGCGCCUCGCAGCAGCAAGGAAGGGUCAUGGACCCGGAAGCCGGUAACCUGCUACCGGUGCGGUAAGGAAGGACACUUCGCUCGAGACUGUCAGGGCACCCCGCUUCCCUCUUGGAAGCCGGUUCCG